UCCACGCCAUUUUUACUCCUCUCUCUCUCUCUCCUCCUCCCAUACUCGAUCGGCCGUCUCUCUCUCUCUCUCUCACCUCUCUCUAGGUCGAAUUUUCCUCAGGAGAAAGAGGAACGCCACCUUCUUCUUCUUUCAAUCUAAAAACCCUAGAUUUUUCUUUCAAUCCCUAUUUCAGAAAAAAAAAAUUAUACAAAAAAAAAUACUUCUUUGCUUCUGUCGUUAUUGACUUAUUGUGGGAGGAUUCGAUAUCAAGAGGCUCUUGGUUUAUCUCUAUCUGUCGACUGAAGUUUAGGGUUUUCUGGUAAAUCAGUUUUAUUCAAUUCGAUUUCGAUUUGGGUUGUUUUUUUUUUUCCGUUGUCUUCAAUUCCUUAUUUGAUCCAUUUUGUCAAUUUUAUUUUGGGCCUCUCUGUAAACCCUAGGUCUGUUAGGUUUAGAUUAAGAGAGAAAAGAAAGAAAAAAAAAGGAGGAAAUUGAGAGAAAAGUGAAGGAAAAAAAUUAAAUUCUUUGAUUCUUUUGGUGUAGAUAAGAUUGGAUUAGGGUUUUUUUUAGUUAUCUUGUUUGGUUCUUUUCAGUUUAGCUUUUCUACAAGAAAAAGAAACUCGGUGAAAUUUUUGAUGCGUCGUUUUAGUUUGCUAUCCGAAAUUGAGGGUUUCCUUGUUAGAUCUUCCACGAAAAUUCCCUUUUCGUUCUCUUCGUUUCUCUUUUAGAGGGGAAAAAAAAGAAAAGAAAAAAACCAAAAAAACUAGGUUGCGUAUUUAGAGUUCGAGUGUAUACCAUUUACAAUGGCCUUGAAUUUUUCUCAUCGACCAGUCUUUUCGGCGCAUCUAGCUGAAGAUAGAGUGGUCUCACCGAUUAGGAUUGCUAAUGGGUACCUCUUGGAAGGUAUCUCAGAGAACAAUGGAGAUGGCUUAUGGCGGUCGAAUAGGGAAAUAGAGAAUCCCUUUGAUUAUGGAAGGGAAAGAUUUGAGAGGGGUGGUGCCCAGGAGACUGCCUCGAACGAUGUUCUUGACCUUCUGCCUUCUGAUCCCUUUGGGAUGGACAUUAGUACAACUUUUACGGCGAUCACUGGUUGGCUUGAAGAUUUGGAAGUGGACUAUGGUGGUUAUGGAAGGGAUGAGGUUGGGUCAAGUGGUGGGAGCUACCAGCUUUUUGCAGAAUUGAAUUUUAUUUGGAACAAAGCCAUGAAGUUCCAGGCUUCCCCUCAAAAUGCGGCAUUUGAUCAUAUAUCUAAUGUAGCAAAUGGGUUCGGUUGUUCUGAUGGGAAGUGUGGGGGUCCUCCUGCAUCUUGUAGCAGUGAAUGUGGGUCAUCAUCUGCUGUUGAUAGCAUUCAGAAUUUUGGCAAUGUAAAUUGGGAUGUCGCUACCCAGCCAACUGACAAGUGUGGGGUUGAUGAUGAAAUUUGGUCUAGUGAAGAUGUUGGAUCUCCCCAUAGUGCUUUGCCUUUCGCCCUUGGUUAUCUGGGCUUGCGGGAUCUACUUGUUGUUGAAAGGGUAUGCAAAACUCUGCAUUUUACAGUGAGAGGUGACACCCUUCUCUGGAGGAGUAUUCACAUAGAUCAGCCUUUGAAUGAGAAGAUUACCGAUGAUGUUCUUCUGCAAUUAACUAACAGGGCUCAAGGUAAUUUGCAAUCUUUGAGCCUGGUGGAGUGCCCUCGGAUUACUGAUGAUGGUCUGAGACGUGUUAUUGAAAGUAAUCCUAAGCUAUCUAAGUUAAGUGUGCCUGGAUGUACAAGACUCAGUAUCGAGGGCAUCUUGAGUAGCUUAAGGGCUUUUAAGUCCAUGGGUGCACAAGGUGUGAAGCAUUUGAGAAUUGGUGGCCUCUAUGGUGUGACUCCAAAGCAUUUUGAAGAAUUGAAGGCACUUUUGGGCACUGAUGGCCAGAUACAGCAGAGUACCCGGAAGCCACGUUUUUAUAACAGGAAAAACCUUUAUCUAUCCUGUGACGAUGAUAAUGAUAUAGAUGUUGAAAUGUGCCCUAGAUGUGAGAACCUGAGGCUUGUCUACGAUUGUCCUGUGGAGGCUUGUCAAGGGAAAGAUCACGCCACACAAUGGUGCAGGGCAUGCACACUUUGCAUAGCCCGUUGCGUUCAGUGUGGUAGGUGCAUUAAUGACAGUGAGUAUGAGGAAACAUUUUGCCUGGAAUUGCUUUGCUCAGUCUGUUUAAUGGUUGACGGCCAAGAGAACCAGGAUCAUCUGGUUGGUCCGUCCAAGUCUGCUCUUACCAUUGAAAAUAACGCUGGUCUUCAUGGCUAAGGACUUCAUUUCAGUUGGAACCUGCUGUUUACAGGUUAUGGUUGCAAAAUAACAUACUUGCCUGAUCAGACCAUCUCUCUAUCAAGUGAAUAAGCAUCGUGUAAGAUGAUAUGUUAUUGACAUCCAAGUCAGUGGAAUGUUUUCGCCUGCUUGGCUUCAGUAAGUAAUGUAGGAAGAAAAAAAUAAAUGAAAAAGUGCAAUAAAAAAAGGGGUAGUAAAGAGUGUAGAAAUGCCUGAAGGAUCUUUAUUCUUGUUAGUUUCUUUAGUUGGCUCUGACACGCUAGGAAGUCGAAUGGGGAAUAUGUUUUGGGCUGGUCUCUAAUUGGGAUGUGACAAUGACUACCAUCAGUGUGCUAUAAUGCUCGGAGUGCUAUUUCAUCAAGUGUAGGAACGAUGAUUUGUCUAUUGUAUUAUAUGCUUGCAUCAACACAAGUCUGUGCUGGCCCCUUCAUUGAAAAGCGCUCAUUUAUUUUCAACUUCUUGCCGCUGAGGAGUUGAUGAUUAUUGCUGAUGUCUUCAAGCUAUGCAGCUGUUUAUUUUAUGCUUCAGACAGACACUUGGAGCAUUGAUAACUAAUCAGUGAUGUGAUGCGGACGGCAGAGUUAUGUCUUUGUGGUGAAGUGAUAAUAUCAUAUCAUGUGAUAAUAUUUUCAGUCUUUAUGUAAUUUUUGAUAGUUUUUUUAUCUUCCACAAUAUGUUGUAGCUCCUACCCUUUUUUUCUUGUGGCUCUUUCUUGGUGCCUUGUUUUCGUUGUCAGUUGUUUUUGGUAUAUGCAAUAGGCGCUGCAACUCUUUGCCAUGCAUGCCUUGCUAUCAGUGUUUGUGUGUCGAUGAAUAAAACUAUUCAAUUGCUCUC